AUGGCAACUCGCGUUUAUAUUGGUCGUCUCUCAUAUCGUGCUUCUGAACGCGAUAUCGAGCACUUCUUUCGUGGAUACGGACGUAUUCGCGACAUCGUCCUGAAAAAUGGCUUUGGAUUUGUGGAAUUCGAUGAACCACGUGAUGCUGAUGAUGCGGUGUACGAUUUGAAUGGAAAAGAACUGGCUGGAGAGCGUGUGAUGUUGGAAUUCUCCAAGCGUGGUCCCAGGACUGGAGGGCGCGGCUUUGAUCGAUACCCUCCUCCGAGAAGAGAGGCGAGUUCUCGCUAUGGACCUCCAACACAGACACGCCAUCGUAUGAUUGUUGAGAAUCUAUCGACUAGGAUUUCGUGGCAGGAUCUGAAAGACCUCAUGCGCAAAGCUGGAUGCGAAGUAACUUUUGCCGAUGCACACAAAAAUGAAAGAAAUGAAGGAGUGGUUUGUUUUGCAACUCGCGAAGAUCUGGAACGUGCUUUGGAUAAGUUACAAGGCGAAGAAAUCAAUGGACGCAAGCUAAAACUGAUUGAUGAUUCGGAAAAAAGGAGCAGCAGCCGUUCUCGUGACCGAAAGCGCUCAAGAAGCAGGAGCCGUUCGCGCUCAAGGAGUGUCAGCAAGUCGCGCUCUCGAUCUGUUUCUCGCUCACGUUCGCGCUCUCGUAGCGCAUCACCAAAGAAGGAGGAAAAUGGCUCGAGGUCAAAGUCCCGAUCUCGCUCAAGGAGCCAGUACGUCGUUUUUAUUUGCGUUCGUUUACAAUUCGUUAUCUUCGUGUCUUUAGGUCUCGAGAUGGUUCUCGUCACUCGGCAUCUCCUGCUGGAAACGGCGAUGGAGAAGCUGACAUGCGAUCGCGCAGUCCAACGCCUCCCAAUGAUGAUUAAAUAA